CGCAUGCGCAGUUGAUUCUUCCGGCAGCUGUAUAUCGCAAAUGGUGGAGAAGAAAACUUCGGUUCGCUCCCAGGACCCUGGACAGCGGCGGGUGCUGGACCGGGCUGCCAGGCAGCGGCGCAUCAAUAGGCAGCUUGAGGCCUUGGAGAAUGACAACUUCCAGGAUGACCCCCAUGCAGGCCUUCCCCAGCUCGGCAAGAGGCUGCCCCAGUUUGAUGAUGAUACAGACACAGGGAAGAAAAAGAAGAAAACUCGGGGUGAUCAUUUUAAACUUCGCUUCCGGAAAAACUUCCAGGCCUUAUUGGAGGAGCAGAACCUGAGCAUGGCAGAGGGCCCCAACUACCUGACAGCCUGUGCAGGGCCCCCAUCCCGGCCCCAGCGUCCCUUCUGUGCUGUGUGUGGCUUCCCAUCCCCAUACACCUGUGUCAGCUGUGGUGCCCGGUACUGUACUGUGCGCUGUCUUGGCACCCAUCAGGAGACCAGGUGUCUGAAGUGGACUGUAUGAACCUGGCGUUCCCAGAGAGGAAGGGCCUCUGUACAUCACCAGAAUAUCGAGAGAGGAGCUGUUCAUUUACCCAGCAAAGCUACAACUUACCUGCCAGGGAAGGCCAGAGAAAACCUUAUCCAGGGACUGGCGGGGUGGGCCCAGCUGCAGUGUGCAUGGUAAUAAAAGCCUAGUGUGAGGAACCUGCCUCAUGGGGUCAUGGGGUGUUUGGAGUGAGGGUCCCAGAUCUCCUGUUGUUUCUGCUUACUGCUCUGUCUCUCUUACUCUGUCUUCUAUUGUCUGUUCCUCUGUGUCCCUGAGAUUUUGUCCCAUUCUCCUGCCACUCCCACCCAUGUCUUACCUUUUCCUUUCUUGGCUGCUGCUUUUUUUUGAGAAGAGGGUCUUACUGUAUAACCCAGCCUAGUUCUGUUUCCCAAGUGCUGCAACUGCAGAUCACUACCACUCCUGGCUUCUUGGCUGUUUCUUUACUUCUUGUCUUGUUUAUUAAUCUAGUUAGGUUUUUCCUUUAUUUUUUUUAAAAUUAAUCUACUUCCUCUGAGUAUUUUCCAGAGCUGGGUGACUGGAAAUAGGGUGAGGUCUAGGGAAUGGGUGCCAUCCUAUCUGUCAUCUAGUACUUAACCAAAUAGGAUGGUCAGGUGGGCCCUUGUCCCUGGCUGCACUAGUCUGUGGGAGCAGCUGUGCUUGGGAAGCCCCUGUUGUCCAGGGAGGCAGCAUGUGAAAUGAUUAGCAGCACAGAACCCCAAGAAUUCCUGGGAAGCAGAGGGGAUUCCUGAUGUAGAGGCUUCUGUCCCUGGUGGCCCUGGAUGCUGUGACUUGUAGUUUUAGACCUUUUCACCUACAUCUUGUCUUAAGUGGAUUGCAAGCUGGAAUCAUAGCUCCUUGAAGUCACCCUGUUAAGCACAUAGCAGAGCAGGAGCUUUGUAAGUGUUUGUUGAAUAAAUGGCCUUAAUAAACUGUUAAUGAGA